GCCAGCGCCGCUGCUUGUCUCUGGCGUCCACCCCGACGGUUAUCGCUAUGCCGUCCUCUCUAUUCAUCCCGUUCCUCCUCGGAGGAAUGAUCCUCACCGGUGCUUGCAACUCACUAUGGAGCAAGUAUCAAGACAUGCAGUGCGUGGAGAACUGCGACGACCCAGACGCACGCAACCAUGUUCUGUACGAGCAGCCCGUCUGGCAGACGCUUCAGAUGUUUGUCGGGGAAAUGCUAUGUUUCAUUCCCAUUCUCGUCUCGUGGGCCAGAGAGAAACGCCGCUCUCAACCUGUCCGCCUUGAGCCCGACACCGAGCAAGACCCCGUCCCGAUCAAGCCUGUGGCGCAGCCCUUGACCGGCUGGAAAGUUCUUCUACUCUGGAUCCCGGCUGCUUGUGACCUCACGGGUACUACUCUCAUGAAUGUCGGCCUGCUUUACACUCCCGUGUCCAUCUAUCAGAUGACCAGGGGCGCGCUUGUGCUCUUUGUGGGCGUCUUUAGUGUGAUUUUCCUUCGGAGAAGACUUUGGCUCUACCAAUGGGUUUCGUUGAUCAUCGUCAUGACGGGGAUCACUCUUGUCGGCUGGAGUGGUUCCCUUGUCAAGGACACGCUCAAAGAGGCUCCUGGCGCCGAAGCCGUAUCGUAUCUGGCGCGUCUCCUUGUUGACGACAGCAAGGCAUCAGAGAAUGGUGGCAAGCCAGAGCCUACCUCCGUCUUGAUUGGCGUCUUCUUCAUUCUAUUCGCCCAAAUCUUUACCGCGAGUCAGUUCGUCGUUGAAGAGAGUAUCAUGGCCCGCUACUCUGUUGCACCACUCACGGCCGUAGGCUUUGAAGGCUUGUUCGGUGCCAUCACGGUCAUCGCAUUCAUUCCCAUACUGGCGAUUCCUGCAGUUUCGGCCAAGUCUACUUUCUUCGAUUUGCCCCGAGGAUGGCACCAGAUGAUCGAUACGCCUAGCGUCCUUUGGUCUGGCGUGGUCGUCGCAUGCAGUAUCGCCUUUUUCAACUUCUUCGGCCUUUCUGUUACACGCCAUGUAAGCGCAACGGCGCGUUCAUUGACCGAUACGUGCAGGACGCUCGCCAUAUGGAUCGUCAGUCUAGGCCUGGGCUGGGAGAAGCUUCUAUUCCCGAUAUCUCUCCUCCAGAUCGUCGGCUUUGGCCUGCUUGUAUAUGGCACUUUCCUUUUCAACGACCUCGUGAACACGCCACCCUGCCUGCCCGGGCCGCGCACAGCGGAUGGAGAGGUCGACCCAGAGGAGGUGGAAGACCUUCUGGACGAGACCGCCGCGCUUCCUGCGGAUCUCGGGCAGAGCGGAUUCGAUGUCGUCCCAGAGGCGCACCGCGCGCGCUCGACCUCGCGGCCUGCUGCUCGCCACGAGGACUAGCGGACAAGCGCCGGUCCCGCAUCACGUGUAGCACCUACGUGCAUUCUCGUCCUACGAUACAGCCUCCCCGUUCCGAUGUUCGCGCUCUCCUUACGGACGUUCCUUUGAGUCUCUGGUCGUCUUCUCGAGUUUGGCGCCGUCCCGCACAUGUGGAGCGUGUGCGGAUGGCGGUGGGUCUGCCUAGCACUUCUAUAGCAUCAGAUUGGAGGACGUAUGGACGCCGUCGAGGCUCUAGCUCUUCUCGUCACCUAUAUACAAUACAAGCAUUACUAUUGUCUUCAUCCUUGCUUCAUCCUUGCUUCAUCCUGUCGUCUUUCCAUAUGCUUUCCCGUGUUGUGAUUGCAAGGCGGUUGACAGGUGCGGGUGCGCGGGCUCCGAGCUCCUACUUCGACGGAGGGGCAGGUGUUGCCCGAAGAGGACAAUAGAAGUCGGGCGUGAUGAGCCUCCGCGGCAAAGCGUGUCAACUCC